AUGGCUACGUCGCCGGCUUUGGUGGGCGCGCGGCCGCGAUGAUCCCUGGCGCGCUCGGCGCAGCUCGGCCUCCUCCGGAUACCACCGCUACGAGUCGUCGCCGCCUCCUCCUUCUCCUCCUCGCCGCCAGCGGCCGUUGGCGGCGCCGCCGCUACGACUACGACUGCUGCUGCCUCGGCGCCUCGACGCGCCCCCUCGUCGCGGACCGUUAUCCGACGCGCGGGUCGACCAAGUGCCCCGCGGCCACCGGACUGGAAGACGCUGCCGUCGCCGCAGGUCGUCGACGAACCGCCUGAGACGAUUUAGAGAGCCUGUUACCUACUCCCGUUAUUCUUUUUUUUGCUCCCUACUUACUCCCCACCCGGUGUGUUGUUUCCUCUUCCCCGCUGCGCAUCUGCCGGUGUUCUCUUCCCUUGCGUGGCAUUCGGCGCCUCGCCGAAGCAGCAAGCCCUCCCGCCUGCCUUGUUGUCCCAAACGGGAAAGAAGAACGCACUCGGGCAUCGAGCCAAGCAGGUGUCCCUCGCUCCCGAAGUGUUCUUUCCGGAAGAAAACCCCUCCUAAACGGCCCUGCGCACCUAAUUAAUUCGUCGUUUCCUUCUGUUGCGCCGGCUCCGACUGCAGACGUCGUUCCUCUCGAAGGAACCAGCGCGGAAGUGCCGAUUCGCCGAGAACCCAAGGCUUAGUGACCGUUUCCCCUGUCCCAACGGGCACCGAUCCAGUGGUCCGGUGACGCGUUUUGAUUUCUGCUCGCUUCGGCAAAAAUUUGCUCGUUUGUCACCUCACCCGCUUUUUCUUUGUUUCCGAGUGUGUGUUUUGUUGCGACACCCGCGACCCCUAUCCGGUGCUCUUCUGACUGUGUUCUAUACACAAGUUCGGGCUAACCGCGACCGCCUUCUUCGUGAGACCCAGAAACGACUACCUUCUGUGCUGCUCUUCAAGUUCCCAGCGUGUGCUUUGUUUGUUGUGUUUUGUUGCGCCUUUUAAGAACACACACAUCCCCUCGGAUAUUUUAUCGUGUUCCGGUGCCGUCCCAGAGGAUUUGGAGCUCUCCCACUGCAAUAACGAAAUAGAGCGAGCCGCUAUCAUUUGUUCAAAGAUUUGCACGCCAUCGCCGGCCAUCGUGCAGACGGUCAUCUUUCCUGCAUUUUCUUCUGCUUUGUUCGCACGUGAGCAAAACACACGUUCAAAGGAGGGCUCUUGUUUGUUCAUCUGGAUUUCUCGCGUUGCUGUCCGGCCCCCGGCACUUCAGUUCCAGUGCGUAACUUUCUUUCUAUCCUGGCGUUCAAAUCACGAUACGAUUGACAAACAUCGUCUGCAAGAUCCCGACAUUCGUUUACGAGCACGUGACCGCAAACUAGCCUCGCUCUCUCCUCUUUAAUCUUAACGCGAAAGACGUACUUCUGGAACGGUUGCAGGCCGAAAGAACGUAACGGCGUAUAACCGCACGACUCGUUCACCGCGAACGGCGGCUUCCGAGGGAAAGAACCGUGAAUCGACGACAUCCUGCGCACCGUUGCCGCGUUCUUCGAACUGUGCGACACCGGUGACAUUGUGAUAUCGGGCGGCACCGAUGAAGAGGAAGAAAGCACGUUAGAGGAACCACGACGCUUGCGAGAGGGCGGGACUGACGGACGAGUGCAGUGCGGCUGACCCCCUCUCGGACGAGACAUCGACGACGAGGACCACGUGCUUCUCCACCUACCCUACCCAUCGGUGACGACCAAUUCCCGCGGCGCCGAAGGAUGCAGUGAGGCGUGAAACAGCGAUUGGAGCUUCACCAUGGCUGAGGACUGGCCCUUCGCCUCGCUGACUUAAGAAGGCGCCGCUGGAUUUCUGCAGCUUGGCUGAAGAUGAGCGCAUGAUGGACCAUGAAGCAGAGCUCGAGGCAGCCAUCAACCUCUCGACGGGACAGACCACGGCUGCCGUCCGCGCGUCCAGCGCCACUCCGACCACCAACGGCGUGCCGCACGAGGACGACAUCACCGCUCAGACCCCGCUGGGCACGUCCAAGACGCAGCAGCUGCACCUGCAGCUGCAACAGCGUGCCGCGGCGGCCGUGGCGGCUGCCUCCUCGGCGGCCGGCUGGCCGGGCGGAGGGGACUCCAAGGGCGCCCUGCCGCAGGGCGCCGGCGGCACCGGGAACUCCGGCACCGGCGCACCAAUGGGAGGAGGAGGCACCAGCCCGGACCUGUCUCCGCUUCUGGUGAUGAAUAGCCUGGCCCAGCAGCAGGUGCAGCAGCUGCUGCAACAGCAGCUGCUCUCGCCCGCCCAGCUGCAGCAGAUUCUGGCCACACAGCAGCAGACCUUCCUCUUCCAGCAACAGCAGCACCAACAGCAGCAGCAGCAACAGAAGCAGCUGGAGACGGUGAUCCCGCACCUGCAGGAACAGCUACAGUUCAUCAUGGUCCAGCAAAGCCAGGUCCUGCAGCAGCUCAACGGACUUAACAGCGGCUCUUCCUCGUCCCACGGAGGAGCUGCUAUCGCCUCUCAGGACGCAUCCCCCGGCGGCGGCGGCGGCGGCAAGGGGUCGGCGAGCGGCAAACCGGGGCGACAGCAGCUCCAGCUGCAGCUCCAGCAGCUGGCGCUCCAGCAGCACCAGAUCAUGCAGCAGCUGCAGAUAUCGCACCGGCAGUACCUGCUCGGGUUGCCGCCGUUCCUCCUGCCGCAGGCCCUGAACACGGACCUUCAGGGGCUCUGGAAGGACGGCGUCGCCUCGGGCCUGGACGUCGACGGCGGGCCGCUCAAGGGCCUCAAUGGCCUCCUGGGCUCGGCCGCCGCGGCCGCCGUGGCUGCACAGCAUCAGCAGCAGCAGCAGCACUCCCAACAGCAGCAGCAACAGCAGCAGCAGCACGCGCCUCCCGGUCCUCCCCCGCCCCUGGGCAUGCCCACGGCCCAGCAUCCGCCCACGUCGCAGUCCUCGGGCACGCGACUCGUCAACGGCAACAACACGGUGCUGCAGAGCGCCCUCCAGGGACUCCAGUCGUCCCACCACCAGCAGCAGCUCCAGCAGCACCACUCGGCCUCCUCGGCGGGCUCCCUGUGCCACGGGCCCAACGAGGCGGGCUCCGCGUCUUCGUCGCCGUCCACGUUCCAGCAGCAGUUGGGGAAGGAGGAGAGGUCUUCCGGUGCCAGUGGUGCCACCAGCGGGCACGCGCUCUACGGCCACGGCGUCUGCAAGUGGCCCGGGUGCGACGCCGAGUGUGAAGACUACCAGGCCUUUGUAAAACACUUGAACACCGAACACCAGCUGGAUGAUCGAAGCACAGCGCAAGCCAGGGUACAGAUGCAGGUAGUGUCCCAGCUGGAACUGCAGCUCGACAAGGAGCGAGACCGGCUCCAGUCCAUGAUGGCGCACCUCCACAUGAAGCCGCCCAACGGCAGUCCAUCUGGCUCUGGCAACAAGGACUCGCCUUUUGCGAGCUGCUCCCCUCCUCCCUCGUCCUCGUCUGUGUGCCUGCAGCUGUUGUCGUCGACCCCCAAGCCAGCGACGUCCUCACCUCAGGCGCUGUUGCCCAUCAGCCCGAGCCCGCCGCCCCUGGCGAUGAGCAGCCCGCUCAUGACGAGCCGGCUGCUCGGGCUGCCCUCGUCCACCCAGCCACCGGGCUCGGGACCCAUUCGGCGCCGGCUGAGCGACAAGGGCGUAUCUCCGCUCUCGGGUAUGGAAAUCGCAUCAUUACCCGACUCCCCCAUACGACGUAGGGUGGCGGAGAGAGCUAACUUGGAUAUCACCGAAGAGAUCCAGCGAAAUCGAGAGUUUUACAAGUCUGCGGACGUUCGGCCUCCCUUCACAUAUGCCUCUCUCAUUCGGCAGGCCAUAAUUGAAUCUCCUGAUAAGCAGUUAACGCUGAAUGAGAUCUACAACUGGUUCCAGAAUACCUUCUGCUACUUCCGUAGGAAUGCUGCAACUUGGAAGAAUGCGGUGAGACACAACCUGAGCCUACACAAAUGUUUUAUGCGUGUUGAGAACGUUAAAGGGGCUGUGUGGACUGUGGACGAAAUAGAAUUCUACAAGCGUAGGCCCCAGCGACUCCAAGAUCGGAUAGCAGGGGGCCUACCAGUGCCUUCCCAGCAAGUAGGACAGAGAUCGGUCCGUAGUCCGACCCUCCAGCAAAGUCCGGGUCUGUACGGAGAGUCCCUUAACGCUUCACUGCAAGCAGCGCUGGCCGAGAGCAACCUGUCAUUCCUCAGUGCAGCGAUUUCCGGCACGGCGGUGAGCACGGCGGCGUCCAUUGCGGGUGGCGUAGUCAUGCCCGGGGCUCGGCCGCCGAGCGCAGGCAACGGACCCCUCAGCAGCCCGGUGGUCUCCUCAGGUGGGCUGCUGCCCGCCGCCCCACAGCUACAUGGGGACGCCGCCGCUGCGGAGCGCUUCGUCGCCGGCAUGCUCGGCCAGGGACUCCCGGGGGAGAGACUCACCAGCAAUGGCGUCCACAUCAAGCAGGAACCAGUGGUAGAAGAGCCCAGCAGUGACCUGGAGGAACCCAUGGAGGCCACUCCCGAACAACUGGUCACGGGCUCCGUGCUCGAAGACGACCUGGGGAGCGACGAGGCGCCGCGACCCUCCGACGGCAUGGACGCCGCGCUCGGGGGCCGAGACUCGGCCACCGAACGGGAGGACAACGAGGAAGCCGAGGACUUGUCCCUGUCUUCGUCCACGACGACCCCCUGCGAGACGCCAGUCUCGAACUCGACGUAGGACAUUGCCCCCCUCCAUUCACCAGCGCUCCCUACUCCCGACUCACCCCGUCAGUCCUCCUCCAUCCUCUUCCUCUUCCGCCCUCUCCCGCGAGAGGUCGCGCGGCCCCGCCGUCGUCAACGCGGAUCGAGCCGAGAAUGCCCCUACCCUCUUCCUCCUCCAUGGCACGAAUUUCAUCUCGUCUCCACGCAGCCGCAGCAGCAGCAGCAACAGCAGCAGCACCAACGCCAGCAUUGUCACUGUAGCAGUCGGCGAACACACCUCUAUCGCACCGGUACCUCAGUAAACACAAUUACCUCAGUGGGAAGGGCGACGAGCUGUUUCCGGCAGAGACAAGUGUUUUCCCCUUUCUUUCCAGGCUGUGGUUGUUUUACGGCGGACUGUUUGACGCGGAGCGUUUAGUCGAGGCCGCAAGAGUGGACGCAGCGAGAGAAAAAUCUGGUUCGGCUCUCUGCUUAAGGAGUGGCAUAAGAUGUCAUCUUCACGGACAGUCGUACGUGUUGCUUGUUUGGUGGAAGAUGCGCUAGAGCACCUGUCAGCAAGCGGAAUGUGCAUGUGGCGGCGUUUGGCCCACACGAGUCUUAAGCUCACCAGUCAUUAUUGAAGCACUUAAAUGCGGAGGGCACCCAAGGUGAUCUCCAUGUCAUUUCUUGCUUGAACUGGCUAAGCUUUCCUAAUGUCAUAUUUUCAGUGGUGCCACUCGUUUGCUACAAUCAGAAACAAAGAUUUUCCUAUCGGAAACAUAUAGGUUGUUGGGUUUUCGUACGCAUAGUAUUCAAAGUGACCUAACGUUUUCAGUUUACAUCUACUAUUGCAAGCUUUCAAAACAAGCUCAGUAGCGAACAAAACAAUAUGACCUUAAUUUCGUCUAUGCUAUAUUGAGUAGCUAUAAGCUUGAAAAUUGAAAAGAAAAAGAGAGGAAAAUUAGCGCACUGCUUGUGCAGCAAGUGGCAAAAGCCAUCUUCUUUCCACGCACCUGUUUACACGAAAGAACAGUGGCGAGUUCUGUGUAGUCUUCGGAAUCAUGUGUCAAAGUGCUGUUGACGAUCCCUCCAAGCUAUCUCUCUCCAAGUUUGCCCUCCAAGUUGGCACGACAUUCUUAAAGCAAGCAGGUCAAGAAGAGUUACCGGCCCGAUCGGAUGGCAGCGAGGUUUAGAGCCUCCCGCCCCCUUUGCAUGCAGAAGGUGGCAUUGAUCGAACGGAAGCAUUGCGAUGUCAGCGCAGCGUCCUGGCAGACUCCAGCCGAAGAGCCUCGGGAGAAAAAAAUGUUCCUCUGUGCAUAUCGUUCUACGCUGUGACUACGCAGUGUCAGCUUUUUCCUAGAUACAAAACGAAGCGCGAAAAACAAAAAAACGCGAUCGAUGAACCACAGAAAAAAAAAGUUGUAAAAGUUACCAACUAUAGUAUACUUCGUGUUCUCCCUCCUCCCUCCGUUUGUGUGUAACAAGAAAUAUAGUGCUACGUAAACAACGUCACUUUUGCAGUCUUCAUACUAAGUACUUAGAGAAAGCAAGUGGCAGUACCUUGUGUAGGUGGUAGCGAUAAUCUUUGGUAGCAGUCUGUGUGGUACAUUUACCUUCCACGGACUCGCAUUCGUGGCAAAGCUUUGGCUCAUUGUCUUAGAGAGUUGAGCUUCUCACUGUGGACUCUCUGUCGAAAUUGCACAUCCUGAAACCCAAGUGUCUGUGUUUCUUGCAAAGUGUGAACAUUGCCACUGAUGUCGGGAGCAUUUGUUUCUGCUGGUUUCUCCUGUACCAUUUGUUCUGAUAUCUGUGAACUUUGGCCUGAUAUGAUCAUACUACCGUGCGUAUCAUUUUGAGCAUACCGUAGCCCCCAAGGGUCUGCGAUACCUCCCACUGAUAACGCACGAGAAAAACGCAAGUGAAACUCCAUUCAGCGGUGUGAUUUAUAUAUGGGAUGUGACCUUGUGCUGUUAAGUUGGUUGAGUGCUGUGCUAAGGACAGUUGCAGUAACUUGUUUCUUCACCCCUUUUUUCUUCUUUUGUUCACUGCUUACACGUGCAGAGGGUCAUCUCAAAUAUUGCCUGGCAUCCCGCGCGAGCCUCUAAACAAAUCUGCUUUAAAAAGAGCAUUACAUUUCAUUUUUUUUGUUUCCCUUCACAUGUACAAAAACAAGAAGGCAACGCAAACCAUCGGUACAAUUUUUUUUUUCUGCGUGCCUCAUUCAUUUCAUUUUGUUCAAUUUCAUGGUUUUCUCAUCUUUGUGGCCAUACCCUACCCUCGUGUUACCAUCACACCACAUGAACAAUGACUUUGCAUUCCUUAUGACCAAGCAGGCUGCCACGUUGUCAUGUGUGCCAUGUGCUGUUGGUGUGCUUCUAUUUUCACGCUUGCUUUUUACUCAAUUUCUUUCUCAGCGUUUCGCACCGCUUGCUUUAUUUUUUAGGUGUCUACAGCUUCUGUCAAGCUUUUCCUUUGUCAGUUUUCGUUGCAGCCUGCUCAUCUGCAUGUGGACGUUUGGCUACUUGUUUAUUUUCCUUUCCACCUAGAUUUUCUGCUUGCAUUUCUGAGCACCACUUCUUGUCUGAAAUACCCAGUGACUUUAUUUCGCAGAUGUUUUUUUGUAUUUACAAAUAUAGUUAUAUCUGCUGCACCAGAAAUACAAAGUUUUUAAUGCUGAUAAUUUUUUUGGAGUGCUCUUGUAGUUCUUUAGCUUACUUCUAUUGCUUUGUUUCUAUUCAAAGUCUAAUGUCCAAUACUUUGUAGUAGUGUUUUAUAUUUUUUGUCUAUUGAAAGUGAGAGCCGGGAAGAAAAAAAAAGAGAUAACGAAUGAGUGUUCUAAGUGAAGGUUUUCGUCCUUAAGGUAUUUAUUGAUGAUUGUACAUAUUAAUUAUUCUGGCGUGCACUUGUGCCAGUGGAGGAUGGCAAAGUUUUCUUUGAUACUAGUGUAAGCUCUGUAUGGCAUCAUGUUCAACUCAUUUGAUUUUGUGCAUGUUGUGUUUGCAUUUGCAUAGUCACGACCGGGCAACUCACACUCCUUGUGGAAAAAAUCAAGCCAACGGUUUUCAUUAUUGGUCGCUCGCUAGCGCCGUUACAGAGCACUAACGGUGUGCAUUUCGAGUAGAUAGCGUACAUUGGAUGCGUGGUGAAGGCAUGUGUUACUUUCAUUCACAUCUGAAGCACUCGUAAAAGAAAAAAACUGAAAGAUACUGGUGAUGCUUUUUUGUUCGUUUUCUUUCUUUCUUACGUGUUCCGUUGUCCCAUAUCUGUGUUUUUGUUUCUUCUGGAAUGGUGUAACAUCUUUAUUUUUCAGUCAUGCAUUAGAAGCUGUGUGGUAGUGUUUCAAGCCAGUCAUGCAAAACAUACAUAUCACUUCAUGCUUCCACGUACUUAAUGAAAAAGAGAGAGAGAGAACCUGCAUCUUCGCAAAUCACAUAUCCACAAUGUUGUCAAUACAGUAUUUUUUGCCCUGA